AUGCCUCUUAAAGUUUGCUUAUUAAUCGCUAUCAUUUUCAAUCUCUCUUAUUGCUUACGAUUAUCGCGAAGUGCUGUAUGGCAGCCGAUUCCGGAACAAGAUAAAGUGAAGGACAAACAUGAUAUUGCAUGGAGUGAUUGGAAUGAUGGGCAUGAUAGCGGAUAUGUAACUAAGAAGGAUGGACACCAGGAGAAGAAUUCCGCAACAUUUAAUCAUGCGGUAAAAGAGGAAGCGGAAGAGCAUGCUUUGAAAUCAGCAGCUGGUGUUGGUAAACAUGCAUCAGCUGCUGCUAAAAAUGGUGCAUCCAAACAUGUUGAUCAAGCUAGUAUCCAUGGAAAAGAUAUUAAAGCAAAAACAUUCGGUUUCUUUGACUAUCAAUACAAGCAACCGGAAUAUCACGUAGAGCAAUUUUACACCGAUGAAAAACAUCGUCAAAAAAGCGGAGCUGAUCGUUUGCAUCAUAGUUUAAAGGAUCAUGAAUCAGACCUGCAUGCAGCAUCCGGUUGGGGUAAACAUGGAAAAGGAUAUCAUAAUGAUGCGAAUGGUCUUAAAGCUCACAAACAUGAUGGAGAAUUUCACAAUGGUUGGGCCAGUAAUAUUCAUAAGGAAUAUGAACACGGAGGUGAAAAGGAUUACUCAAAAGGUCGUGGAGCACAUAAAGGACACUAUCAUCAUAAUAUCGUACCAGCAUCUCCUCCUCCCCCUCCUUAUCAUCAUCAUCAUCAUCAUCAUGGACAUCAUGAUGAAUGGGUAGCACCGUACGAACAUGGUUAUGAACAUGGAUCAAGUCCAUGGAAUAAUCCGGCAGAACAUGAUGGCUGGGAUAAAUGGCACCACGGUUGGGAACACGGAUUAGACUGA